AAAGCUUGUUCGUGGUUCGUUCUCGUGUUGUUGUAGUUGGAGGGUCCGUGUGUAUCUGUGUUCAGGUAGGAGCCGGUGUUUGGUGGCGGCAUCGGUGGCGGCGGCGUCGGUUCAUGGCGCAUGAGUGUCAAGGUGGUGUGCGCGCGGUGCCCGCUGCCUACCUGUCGGGCGGCGGGUGGCGGCGGGUGGCAGUCUGAGGCAAGCACUGGCUGCGACACCACCCCUGGCGCCGCCACCGCGAUUACAGCACUGCAACACCUACUCACCUGAGUGCCCCACCCCCACCUGAUCCUCCGGCGCGGCUUGCCACGACACCGCGCCACAGUCUAGCAGCGACCGCCAGCGGUUUCACAACAACAACUGGACCGACCUCCUCAUCAGCAGCACUUGCCCCAGUUGUGACGUAGUGUUCAGUGCAUGUGCUUCCCGGACCGACGCCAGUUCGACGCGACCGUCGCCGCCGCCCCCGGGACUUACUAGCGGGAAUCGUGGAGACCGUCUUCAACACCACGAAGAGAGGCCGGCAUCCUCUGGGAGACGACCUGUCCCCGACGCCUGCCGCCACUCCGCCGUCCCUGAAGAGGGCUCGACACGACUCAGAGUCGAGCAGCCCUCCACAAGCCUCAGACCAGGACAUGGAAGCCCCUCUUGGCGUCACGCUCAGUCAAAGCAUGGACUCCGUCAACACUAACAACGGCGAGGAGGAGGUAUGUAUCAAGUCGGAAACAUUUUGAGGGUAUUAUUAUAACAUAAACCCGCCCACAAUGUCACGUGAAAGGACAACACAAUGGCGGACCGUAAGGAUCGCUUUGUGCAGCUGUGAAUGUGUAAGAGCAGCUUAUUCGGAGGUCGAGAACUUUAAGGUGCGGACAUUAUUCGUAAGCGGACUACCUAUGGAUGCCAAGCCUCGGGAGUUGUAUUUAUUAUUCAGGGCUUAUGAGGGUUACGAGGGAUCAUUACUUAAAGUUACAAGCAAAAAUGGAAAAACCGCCUCGCCUGUGGGUUUUGUGACUUUCAACACUCGGGCAGGAGCGGAGGCAGCAAAGCAAGACUUGCAGCAGGGCGUACGGUUUGACCCCGACAUGCCUCAGACGAUCCGACUGGAGUUUGCUAAAAGUAACACGAAGGUUAGCAAGCCCAAACAGCAAGCUGCUAACGCCGCCAACACGCACCCAACUUUGAUGCACCCCCUCACCGGACUGUAUUUUUCAGAUUUGGGAACCCCCUUUUUCCCGGGUGGUCCAGAACUGUGGCAUCAUCCGUUGGCUUAUUCGGCGGCUGCAGAAUUACCGGGGGCCGCUUUGCAACACGCAACACUCGUUCAUCCCGCACUGCACCCACAGGUCCCCCCUCCAAUGUCUUUGCCGCAUCCAACUGCUCUAACUUCAGUACAUGCAGCAUCUUUGCCACAUUUUCUACCAAGUCCUGCCUUGGCUUCUCCCGUGGGGUCAUCGUCCUCGCAACCUGGUUUGGGAGUAAGCAAUCCGCCUUGCUCUACACUUUUCGUCGCAAAUUUGGGCCAGUUUGUGUCCGAACACGAAUUAAAGGAAAUCUUUGCCAGCUUCCCUGGCUUCUGUCGCCUGCGCAUGCACAACAAGGGUGGAUCCCCGGUGGCCUUCAUGGAAUACCAGGAUGUGCGUUGCGCCGCACAGGUCAUGGCAGCACUGCAAGGUUCCUUCCUACUCUCCUCCGAUCGCGGCCCCAUUCGUAUUGAAUACGCCAAAAGCAAAAUGGCUGCAGAGGGAACAAAAGGAGAAGAAAAUGGACAAUCUUAAUUCGUACAUGCCGCUGAGUACUUGACAGAGAGCGAUGGUCGUGGCUGGACACUGCUAGAGUGGUGUUGGCCGAAAAAAAUCGCUGUUCAAAGCUUACCUAUCUCUGUUAACUGUUGUAGUUGUACUGUUAGAAUUGCAGGACAGUAUUUACGUGAUAAGUACAGGUAAACUGCAUCAAGAUUGUUUAAUAACUUCAUUUCAUUGAUGAGAAUGAUAAAAAUAUGAAGAUAAGCUAAACCAAAGGUGCCCUAAAAGUUAAGUUUUAGAUUUAUUAUUAAAUUAUUAGGGUGCGUCGUGAGUGCCUCACGUCCACUGACAGUAUUGUUUUCUCGAGCUUUCUUUAGGUAAUUAGUGGUAUUGAUAUAGUGGUGAAAAUUUAUUUUUUCCGUUUGAUUAUAGCAAUAAACCAAUGACGAAUACGCGCACUUGACAUGUUUGGUGUGUAACGCUACAAAAACAAUUUUUAAAUAACUAACUUAAGAAACAUAUCAUAAAAUGGCUUUGCUACACCAGCAUGAAAGUGAGUUUUAGAAAAUUUUCUCCUAUUUCAUUCAAUACGAUUCGCCCAGUUUUUAUCAGAGGAGUCGCCGGGGCGGCUCGUUGUUUUUCAGAAUAUUUCUUUAAACAACUUUAUACUUAUUAUAGAAGAGCUUUUGCUUAAAUUAUAGACAUAAUAGAGUAUGAUGCAUUUGUUAUCUUGCAAUCGAAGAAUGCAUGCAGUUAUACAGGAAUAGCAAAUUUUAUAGUUUUAGGAUUGGUUUUAUUGUACCUUGAGAAAUAACAGGAUGUACCUAUAUUACCGUCUCGAGCACAACUCAAGUCAUUAGAGCCGAAAUUAGCACAAUCACGGUGAUUCAGUCAAUUAUUAAGAAAUUCUAAUUAACCACAACAACGGACUGUGAACUAAUAUGGGUACAUAUUGUUUGUUAUAACCAAAGUUUAGUUUAGGUGGCCCUUAUUUAUUUAAGACAAGUAGUUAUAAAGAUAUUGUUUUACUAGUGUUGUAAUUAUUUUUAUAUAAUUUUAUAGUUUUGUACAACCUUACUAAUCACUGAGAUAACAGUCGAAAAUGUAUAAUGUUGAAAACAUUGGUAAUUCUCUAUUAUCUAGAUUAUAUUCAUAUAGUGUCGUAGUGCUUUUCGUGUGACGUUUAUGUGAUAUAUCUAUUACUAUCAAUAUAAGUGUAUUUAACAUUUAGAGCGUCCAAGCAGCGCAUCAUCGAGGGAAGAGAGUCAAUUAGAGACCGUCGUGUGGGAUGAUGCGCCCCUUGGUCGCAAGAUGCAGAUAAAAGCGGUCCGUUGUUCGACGGCCGUUCUGCGUUUGUUUCCGUCCAAAGCAUGUCGAAAGACAUGUGCUGCAGCUCAAUGAGCGUCGGUGGGUGGGUGCGGAUCAGGGUGAUCAGGCUGGGCAGCCAGCUAUCUUUGGGACUAUAGAAAACAUAUCAGCUUAAUUAAUUGAUAAAUUAUAAUACCUGUUAUAUGCAAUCCGACCUUUAAAUGUCGUCUUGUAACUGUGUUUUUUAACUGCAGAGUUCUGUGUUUUAAAUUAUAUGUUCUUGAAAAUUGUGGAGUUUAGUCCGUUCCAGGCAAUCGGCGGCCGUUUCCUUCAAAAUGAAACGAGCGCCGAGAGACGGAACCGAAUUUUGUGAUAAACUUAUCAACGGUAAUAUAAACUAGCCACAAUCGCCUUCUCUGCUUUAGGUCAUAGGUUAAUAAACACCACUUCUUAAACAUAUCAUGAUCUGUGCCCCUUGUCAAGUGACAUCUUAAAUUUUUAGCAAUUAAUAAUGUAAUAAAAAGAUUUGAUAAUAUUUAACAAAUGAAUUUACAAAUAUUAUAUAAGGAAAAACUGAUUCUUUUAACAAACAGCUGAUGAUCUACACUAAAUUUGAAGAACCAUCGGUGUAGUUUUUAAGUCUGUAAAAAGCAGCUGCAUGUACUUUGUACCCAGCAAGCAAUCGGUGGGGGCGCAACUGUCCCCGUACCUAGCCUUAGUAGUCCUGUCAAUCGACCGGGGAAUGCAUAUCUUUAUUGUAAUAUUGAAUCAAGUAGGCGUCGUAAACUUAGUUUAAUGUAAACAUGUGUUGAAAUUGUUGGUCUAGAAAUAUAAGUACAACCGAGCAACAUAAUGGGUACUGGCCGAUGGUCAGUUGUUGUUGAUACUAGUCAGAUAUUUGUAUAACCCACCCCACCAUCUUGCCCCUCUUUUUCAGAUGAAAGCAUUCCAUACAAAGAUUGUAUUACCUGACAACGUACUUAGCUAUAAAUUGUAUAGGGUCCAAAAGAUGGGAAAUAAAUAUGUAUUAUAAAAUUCA